AUGUCGACACUGUUGUCCAACUACGAGGCGGAAUUCAAAACCACCCUUCAACAAGCUAAGGCACUUGUUCAAGUCGCCCCCUCGCGGCCGGCAAGCCAGAGGAACGCAACCCUAAAAGAAAUUGAGCAACAACAAGAUGAACUGCUUGACUUGAUUGAUCAAAUAGAAAUUGAGGUCAAUAAUGGUGCUCUUGAAGCGUCCAGUCGAAGCUCCUUCAAGUCUAAACUCCGCGAGUACCGAAAACAAGUGCUAAACGAAGUUAAGUUGCCAUUGCAAGAACUCAUGGAUGCACGCAAUAGGGACCUUUUGUUUGAGGGCGCGCCUGGUAAUGGCGGCGAUCCGUCGCACGCGAAUAGCGAACAGCGCCAGCAGCUAUUGUCGAACCAUAAUGUUUUGUCCCGCACGGGUGACAGACUACGAGACGCCACCCGAACGGCCACUGACACUGAAAAUGUGGGGUCUCAGAUUAUGAUGGAUUUACGAGCACAGCGUGAAACGCUAGAAAAUGCCAGGCAAACACUCUUCCAAGCCGACUCUUACGUCGACAAGAGCAUGCGAACAUUGAAGACGAUGAGUAGAAGAUUAGUUGCCAACAAGUUUAUCAGUUAUGCAAUCAUUGCUGUUCUGAUAGUACUCAUUCUGCUGGUACUUUUUGCAAAAUUCAAAUAG